GCCCGGUAUUCGCUGCCAAACGCCGCCCGCGCUGCGCCAUUUUGAAAGUGAAUCGCAGGGAGGAGGGAAAUCUUAAAGAGCAAAGUCCGGAUCCACUUCAGAGACUCAGGUCCACUUUCUCUGACCCCAGAACCCGUCUGUAUUGGGUCAACAGGUCCAGAGGAACACUCUUACGGUCCUCAGAGAUCCCGGCGGCACUUCUAGGUUUCUUCGGUCAGAUCCUCCGGAGCCGAGCCGGGUCAGCACCGCUCCAGUCCGGGGCCUGAUCCGUCCGUCCGAACCUCUCAUCAUGGCAGGUAAAAGUAAAACAAAGACUCGAACAGAGGAUCCGAACCUUGUCCGGACCGUGUAGAUCCUGGUUCAGACCCUCAAAGGUGGAUUUGUCUCUGUUUGGAUCAACAGUUCGAGCUAGCUAACAGGCUAACAUGCUAACGUGUGACUGACUGACUGAGUGGGUUAGAGUGGGUUUAUUCCACAGAUACAAAGUUCUCCGUGUUUUUGUUUUUAUCCCCUGAGAGAAACUAAAGCCUGUAGAAUAAUAAAGUUCAGAUCCCGAGUUUGUGUCCUACAGGGUCUGUCUUUAUUUCAAGGCUAACAGUUAGUUAGCUUCAGGCUAACAUGAGUUUCAAUGAAAACUAAAGUUUUUCUUUUUCAUCAAACUUUAACAUUUCUCAGACAAAACAUCUCCAGUCUUUAUUCUUCUGAUGAGAGAUGAUAAUACUCAGAAGUUCAUGUCCACAUCAGAGAGUUAAUUUAUCAUUUUUAGGCUGAAUUAAAACAGUUUAAGUUAAUAAUAACGAGGAGAGUUGGUCAGUUAUCCGGUCAGACCAACAUCACAGUGAAGUAAAUUUAUCUGUUUUAAUUUAAAAUACUCAGAAAAAUAUAAGAUAUAAUAAUAAUAAGGAACUUCAGGAUUUCUGUAUUACCUCAGAGUCGUUGUUGUUCAGUAAAUAUAUGUUCACAGUGAGAAUAAUAAAUCUCUCUCAUUACUUCAGCUUUAUGAGAUUAUUAUUGUUAUCAUUAUUAUUAUUAUUAUCCUCAGAAGUUUUUCUCUCAGUGUGAUAAAUCCUAAUAUGACACAUCACUGUGAUUGUUUUGGGACUUUUACUGAUUUAUCAGUUCUAGUAAAGACUUUUUGGACUCUUAACUCCAGACUAGGGCUGGGCGAUAAAACGAUAACCAUAAUUAAUUUCCCUUAAUAUAAAUAUAAAACAUGAUCAAUAUCCUUUUCAAUAGUCGUCAUUCUGCCAUGUUUCAGUAGACCACGAACAGCCAAUGAGAAGGGGAGUUGCUCCGGGUCUGAACCAAUCAUGUUCUGAAUUAGAACCAAGUAUCAAAGUAUCACAGCAGCUCCACCCAACCAUAGCACUGUAACAGGUGAAGCCGACAGCACUGUUGGUGAGAAACAAAGAAAAUGAGUGCUACCCCCGACAGAAAUGACCAUGAAGGCUCAACGCAAAAGGUUACAAACCCCGAGAGGAGCGAGGAGCCCGUGGCGCCUGAAACAGACGACCAUUCAGUCGUCUUUCUCUAGAGCGACGCCUUACGACAAAACGCCAAAGAGACACAAAGACCUCACAGAUGCAGGAGAUUAUUGUGUUGGAAAAGACAUGAGACCAAGAAACACUGUUAGAUUUUUAGAUCCUGAUAUUGAUCGAUAUCAGCUGAUAUGAAUAAAAUAUAUCCUGAUAAACUUUUUCACAUAUCGUCCAGCCGUACUCCUGACAGACACUGAGCUCUUUUUCUCUGACGUUUGUGUCUCCUGCAGGGACCGGCGAUGGGAGCAGCGAUGUUCAGUGGUGCUUUUCCCAAGUCAAAGGAGCGAUAGACGAUGAAGUCGCUGAAGGUGAGUCCAUGUGCAGGUCCUUGAACACCGGCUCACGUGCACGCUCUGAAAGCACCUGUGCAUGUUUCUUUUAUAAUGAGUUCUAAUGCUGCUCACUGUUCCUCCCUCUGUCUGUGAGUGAAGCUGCUGUUAGUUAGUCAUAGUUCAGUCAGAGGGUCCGUGUCACUCAGGUCAAACUCAAGGACAGGUACUCUUCAUCUCUUUAGUCAGACAUCAACUCUUUAGUCCAGUGUGUGAAGUUCCUGUUACACAGUCUUACCUCUCAGGACAAUAAACAACAUUAAAAGUAGGAAGUCAUUCAUGUGUGCGUGUUUUGUUGUGCAACAACCUGCUCAGUGGUUCGUUGUGUAAUAUCCAAGCUGACAGACAAACACUUUGUCUUUAUUCCACUCGUAUUCGUUUGUGCAGAGGGGGUCAUGUUCUGAACUUUUUUCCUCCACCUCGACAGGAAAGUGUUUUUUUUUUUAGAAAGCAAAGAUCCUCGCCUUCAUGUCUGCUGUGACUGAACUGUUUCACCUGAAGUUUAGUUCAUGUCUGUGAUUGUUCAAAGAGUGGUCGUUUUUCCUCUCCUGCAUAUUUAAGUAGAACUGAUGAGAGGAACAGAGAGAGAGAGACUCCUGCAGAAAGUUCAGGUGGUUCUUAUGUCUCAUUUUGACCCGUGCUGGUCAUCUCUAACCUCUUAUUGUCCGACGGUUACAUCCACCUGCUUCUUUAGACGGGUAUGUUGACAGUACAUGCUGAACUUAUUUAUGUGUAAAGGCCCACACAGCUGUUUACUGUAAGCUCUGCCUGAGAACAAGCAUAAAUGUGAGCCUCUCCUUGUGUCAAUACAUAGCAGCACCCGGGCCGUAAACCCGGCGCUGCAGCAGAGGGGCGGUUUUCUCCACCAGAGUGUGUGUGUGGAGUCGGGUCGUAUCAGGCGCUCAGUGUGCAGCGGCGUUAAAGGAGAAACAACAGCAGAGUCUAUAUUAAGGGUGGGAGCGGCUCAGAAUAGUGUCAGCCUGUAAACAGGGAUUGAUUGUUCUUUGGUGGGAUAUGAUGAGAAUGAAAGUGCUGAAGAGCUGAACACAGUGUUGACUCGACUCUGAGUGCCACUGCAUUAGCAGCAGCACACUGUGGUGUAUUAAAACAGCAGGUGGACGUCACUGCGGGGUUAUGUUGUCACUUUCACGGUUGGCGUGGACUCAGCCCCCCACGGGUGGAUGAUCAGGAGCAUCAGAAAAACUCGACUUCCUGUGUGACAUUUCAAAGAUUCCUUCACUGAAUAAACUCGUGACUAAGGCUGCACUUUAUUGGAAAAAAAUAAUAUUGCGAUUUUUUUCAACCCUGCGUUAUAUAUUGCGAUAUUAAAAAUACAGGAAUUUUCACCAGAUGACCUGAAUAGCAUUUAAUGUUAUGCUGCACUGCUGAAAUCUUGAGGACAGUUACCCUGCACUGAUCUUACCUCUUUUUGUGAAUGUUAGUAGAACGGCUUCUGUCUGUCUCAGAGAUAUUUUUAGCUUUUAUUGUGCUGGGACGUUAUUGUGGCAACAGAUGAACACAGAACACGUGUUUUGGUCGACAUCAUCCAUCUUUUAACCGAAAUAAUUUCAGAUAACUGACUUUCCUUUUCUUUUGGGCAACAAAUCUUCAUUUUCGGUGGUUUUCGCUUGUUCGUUGUUCAUUUUGCGAUCGUUGUUGUUGUUAGCGGUGUUGUGCCGAGAAACGCAUGUCCUCCGAGAAUUGCAUGCACCUCGCAAAACGCGCACCGCCUAUAGUAGAGUGGUCCACGGAAAUGUACAAUUUAAAAUCCAUACAGUUCUUAUUUGUUGGGCUUAAUAGUCAUGAGUAAAGUUCCGAAAGUAAUUCUCAGCGGACACCGUCUCCCUCCAUGUGCAGAACAUGUGCAGGGGUGGGUUUCCUCCUCUCUGAUUUUGAUUGACAGCUGGCAGGGUAGUCUGAUUGGCAACUGAGAAGUGAGUCUGAUUGGCAACUGAGUUAAGGACGAAUGUGAUUGGUGGAUCGCUGCAAAGCACAUGCAGAGUCACAUGGAGUGUAUCUCAGUCGGUUUCCCUUGAAAUUAAAUGAGUUCAUUCACCUCCAAUAUCGCAGGCUCUGCGAUGUGACUAUCGCGCACACACGUACAUCGCGAUGAUGAUAGUCAAACGAUAUAUCGUGCAGGCCUACUCGUGACAUUUCCUAAACAAAUGUGAAGAUAUUAUUCCAAUAACACCCUCUCUCUGACAGCUGACGUCAUAUCCACGGUGGAGUUUAACCACUCUGGGGAGCUGCUCGCCACCGGAGACAAAGGAGGCCGUGUUGUGAUCUUCCAGCAGGAACCCGAGGUAAAGUUUGGUUAUUCCACCUGACUGAACUUCACCUGUCUCAUUCAUGAAACCCAAGAAGUCUGUGUGGAGAUUUGCACAAGCCCCGCCCCCGAAUAGUCCACAAACGCCAAAUAAGGAGGAGAGGAUAUGAAGCAAGCGAGGAGAAGGAAGUGCUGAGUUCUCGCUCUGCUGUAGCUCUAUAGUUCUGAACCCAAACAGUGUGAGUGAUCAGAAGAAAUCAGACGUACUGACUUAUUGAUGAAGGAUCAAUAUCUUAAAUUUCCUUUAUUCAUAGAUUUGUUCUGAUCAAGAGAAGAGCUCCUUCGGUCUGUUCUCUUCAUUUCUUAAGUUAAACAGUUCGAUCGCUAUUGUUUACGUUUUAAAAAGUCUUAAAAGCACCAAAACAACCAGAUUUAUGACCCAACAGGCAAGUAUCAUCUUCAUCUUCAUCUUCAUCAUCUUUGGUUUCAGAGGUUCUAUCUUUUUGUAGACUGAACAGAAGAACCUCUCCACGUUCUCACUGAAAUAAACUCUGGUGUGUCUGUCUCUGCUCAGAGUAAGAAUCAGCCGCAGUGUCGGGGAGAGUACAACGUCUACAGCACCUUCCAGAGCCACGAGCCCGAGUUCGACUACCUGAAGAGCUUGGAGAUCGAGGAGAAGAUCAACAAGAUCCGUUGGCUGCCUCAGAAAAAUGCGGCGCAGUUUCUUCUGUCGACAAACGGUAGGUAAACCGGUCUGUUCUCGCUGAGAUGAUUCUGCGACGAGGAAGAGGAGGAGGAGAAUUUCUAAACCAGUCUGUCUGCUCAGACCUCCUGUGGAAGCAGACGCUCUACAUUUACUGUUCCUCCCACCAGUGAAGAGUUUUCCACGACCUCUGCUCUCUCCCAUCUCCAGACAAAACCAUCAAGCUGUGGAAAAUUAGUGAGCGUGACAAGAGACCCGAGGGCUACAACCUGAAGGAAGAAGAUGGACGAUACCGAGACUUCAACACCGUCACAACACUGAGGGUUAGUAUGACCUCCGGAUCACUGUGGGACCCACCCUGAGGUCUGAGAGGACCACACAGAGGGGUCUGCACCUGUGUGUAGAUGUUCUUCAAGAGUCUGAUGGUCAGACUAAAGGAGAUGCUCCUCAGUCUGGAGGUCAGACUGAGGUCUCUUCAGGAAGAGGUUCCUGUCGUCUGUUUGCAGCAGAAAAGUUAAAAAAUCAGCAAAUAUUCAAACAUGAAUUUUCUCCAGGGAUGGACCAAAUGGGAAAAUCUUGGCCGAAACCGAAUACCGAAUAGCCGAAUACGAUUCAUGAAUAUGUAUAUAAAUUAUGAAUUUUUAUCACCAAGCAAUUUUUGUACAAUUGCUGUCAUUGCCGUACAUUUGUUUUAAAGCUACCUGAUUAUGGCAAAACCUGGCAAACUUAAAUAUUAAUCACUUUAUGUUUGAACCAUGAAGCAUUUAUUCAGCUUCAGCACAUGACAUAAUGCUAUAACAAUAACAUUCAAUAAAAUAAAAUUAAGUAAAUAACAUCUUUGCAAUAACAAUACAAACAAAGUGCAAUUUUCCCUGUAGGAUAGCCUAAAGUAAAUAAAAUAAAAUGCACAUAUGCAAAAUAAAUAAAAUAAAUGCAGGUACGUGCAUGCAUAUACAUGAUUGUGCAACAGUAAACACAAAUCCAGGCCUGAGGCCUUCAACAAUACAUGCACUUACAUGCAUGCACAUACGAUUGUGCAAACUUUUGUGCAGUGAGUUUCUUAAACUCGUCAUGUUUGUCCUUACGUUUAGCGCUCAAGUGGUUGAUUAGCCCCGAUGUACUGAAAGUUUUUGCCGUCACACCACCUCGAGGCACUUCAGCAGAACAGCGUUUACAAAUUGCCAUCAGACCAUCUUUCUCUGUUAAGUCGAAAUAUUUCCAAACCACAGACAUGUCGGUUGAACGUCUUCGAGCCAAGACAGCUGCACGUAUUGUGUGCGUCGUAUCAGCAUGCCGGCUUGCCUCUUGUCGCGUUCCGAUUACGUCAUCAACAUGCUACUAAAACAGGGAAAACAGUGCCGUCUGCGUUUUCCGUUUUUGAGAGUUCAUACUAGACCCAUGUUUAUCCACACUAUUCAGUGAUUUUUUUCGGCUAUAACAUCUAUUCGUCCGAAAACCGAAAAUUCAUUUUUAAAGCUUUUCGGCCGAAUAUUUUCGGCGCCGAAUAUUCAGACCCAUCCCUAAUUUUCUCUGAAAACAACAAGAAUAUGAUGACUCCUCUCUUCUCCUCUCCUCUCCUCUCUCUCCCCUCUCCUCCCCUCUCGUCUCCUCUUCUCUCCUCUCCUCUCCUCCCCUCCCCUCCCCUCUCCCUCCUCAGGUCCCAGUUUUCAUGCCGAUGGACCUGAUGGUGGAGGCGAGCCCCAGACGAGUGUUUGCGAACGCUCACACUUACCAUAUCAACUCCAUCUCAGUGAACAGUGACUGUGAGACGUACCUGUCUGCAGACGACCUGCGCAUCAACCUGUGGAACCUGGAGAUCAACGAUCGCAGCUUUAGUAUCCUUCAAGUCUUUGAUUCCUCUCAGACCGAUGUCUUUUUAUAAAAACUUUAUCUGUUUCUUCGGUUAAAGACAAAAGAGUCAAAACAGGGAGAUCCUCCUGACCGGGCGGUCGGUGUCCUCCCCUGAAAACACGAUUAAAGGGUUAAACUUUGGGAGGAUCACAGCCUGACAUGACAGCUGAUGUGAAAUAAUAACAGUGUGGUCGGCCCUGACUCUGCAGGUUCAUGACCCACCUGUCUGUAUCCUGUCCACCUGUCCACUCUGACCAUCAGUCAGACAGAGCAGUACUCACCCUCUCCUCUUACAGACCUUUUUACACUUCAGGUUCAUUAACUUAAAGCUGCUUUUAAUUCAACGGGGAAGAAGUCAGACUGACAUCAGUUAGAGUUUGUCUGACCCAGAGUGUCAUAUCUGCUUUCACCACUAGAUGUCCCCAAAGUCAAGAGAAACUGAAUUAUCUGAAAAUGUCCUGAAACUCCCUGAAUUUUAGGAGAAGUGUUUCUGGGUAUUGAAAACACCUUCUCAGGCUCCACUCCUGUCUCUGUUUGUUUUUAUCAGAGAUAAAAGGAGGAGUGUGUCUGACCCUCUCUCCUCCAUCGACUGAUGUCUCUACCACAUAACACUCCCACACCCUGUGAACAUAGAAGUGCUGAAGUGCUUUCUUCUUCUUAGCAUGUGUGUAAAUCAUGAGUUCAUUUCAGAGUUCAUGUCUUCAUUUGUCAGAGCUGUGAAAAAGUGUGUUUUUGUUGCAGAAGUUGUUCUGGGACUGUAGGACGGUUCAAAAGUUCCUGUUUUCAGUCGUUGGACCUUAACCUGAGUGUGUAGAUAUUGUUGACAUUAAACCAGCCAACAUGGAGGAGUUAACAGAAGUCAUCACAGCCGCCGAGUUCCACCCCAAUCAGUGCAACACGUUUGUGUACAGCAGCAGCAAAGGAACCAUCCGCCUGUGUGACAUGAGAGCGGCGGCUCUGUGUGACCAACACACCAAACGUGAGACACCUGUCAGUCAGUCUGAGGGCGUCACAUUUCACUGAGGGAGAUAAUGAUAAUGAUAGUGAUAAUUAUAAUAAUAAUAAAAAAUAAUAAUAAUAAAAAUAAUAAUAAUCAUAAUAAUAUUAAUCAAAAUUAAAAUAAAUGAUAAAAAUAAUGAUAAUGAUAACAAUAAUAAUAAUAAUAAUAAUAAAAAUAAUUAUAAUAACAAAUAAUUAUAAUAACAAUAAUAGUAAUCAAAAUGAAAAUAAAUUAUAAAAAUAAUGAUAAUGAUGAUAAAAAUAAUAAUAACAGUGAUCAAAAUUAAAAUAAAUGAUAAAAAUAAUGAUGAUAAUGAUGAUAAUAACAAUAAUAAUAAUAAUAGUAAUCAAAAUUAAAAUAAAUGAUAAAAAUAAUGAUAAUGAUAAAAAAAAUAAUAUAAUAAUGAUGGUGAUGAUAAUAAUAAAAAACAAUAUUAACAAAAUAAUAAUAAUAAUCACUGUUAUUAGUACCUUUUUAAUAAACUGUGCAUGUAGAGUAGAAGUGCCUUCAUACGGUGUUCACAGGAGCGUUUCCUCCAGCAGCAGCAGCAGCUGUUCUUCUCUCACUGAACCCACACUCUCCUCAGAAAUCAUAAUUGGUCAGGAUGGUGCAGCGCCGUGAGCGUGGAGGUGUUGGAGGUGAGAGGUGGUGUCAGACAUCCGUUAUCGUCACCACACUUUGGUGAGAGAGGACGUUCGUCUUUAAAGAAGGAGUUGUCAGAUGGGAGGCUCGUUACAGUCAGCUCGUCUGUUAGUUCAGUCAGAGGCGGCACGCUGACCUCUGACCCCAGCCCGGCUGAAGAGAAGUCUGAUUAGUGUGACUCAGCGGGACCUGUGUGAGCUCCCAAAACAAAACAAUGACAGUCCUCUUAAAAAAAACAGUUUUCCUUCAGCUCACAGAGAAACCAGCAGGAUGAGGAGGAAUAUAAGAAGGGGCGGAGUUAGGCGGGUUAAUGUGGCGAGGAGGAGACGAGGUUUCAGACACACAUCAGUCGGAGUCAUUUCUCAUGAACUUAUUUUCUGUGUGUGUGUGUGUGUCUCUCUCUCUCCUUUUGAAAAGUGUUCGAGGAGCCCGAGGAUCCGAACAAUCGCUCGUUCUUCUCUGAAAUCAUCUCCUCCAUCUCUGACGUGAAGUUCAGCCACAGCGGUCGAUACAUGAUGACCCGCGACUACCUGUCCGUCAAAGUCUGGGACCUGAACAUGGAGACACGCCCAGUAGAGACUUACCAGGUGAGCAGCUUCACUGUGCAGAGACUGAAGAGAUGUUAGUCAGACUGUAUUUUACUCUCUCUCCACUGGAGGGCGCUGGUUCACAGAGUCCAGAACAAUGAGCUCCUAAAACUAAGCGUGUGUUUGUGUCGGCAGGUUCAUGAUUACCUGAGGAGUAAGCUGUGCUCUCUGUAUGAGAACGACUGCAUCUUUGACAAGUUUGAGUGCUGCUGGAACGGGAACGACAGGUGAGCUGGUCUCAGGGUCCCACAUCUGCUGCUCCUGUGGGCCUGUAAAAACCACUCUCUGGUUUUGUGGUCGUGUCUCAGGAAUCCCCCAAAUAUUCAGUUUUCAUGACACGUUGUUGUGUUUGGGGCUGACUCUUGUCUGAGGAGAAACCGUGUCCGGUCUUAUCUGUGGUUAUCUGCUCAGAGCAGACAUGCCUGCUGUGAUGUUUGGAGGUAGAGGGGGAUUCCUGGUUUUAUCUGGUUUCUUAUUCAGACUGGGCUCAGGUACAUGAAGUCUGAUGGUCCCCUCUCCUCACACACCGCUGCUGCAGACUCAAACAGGCCAGAAAAUUUACCUAAGUUACAUACCAACACUACCAGGACUGGACAGUGUAACCGUUACACUCACAUUUAUGACUGAAAAUAGAUGUGUGCGAAUUCUAAAAUGUAUUGAGGGUCACACGUGCUCAUAAAAAAAAUCAACAAAUGUUUUUUUCCUGUAAAUACGGCGGUGAAGUUAGUUUUAGGUUGGAUAUAUUUUCCUGUAAAUACGGCGGUGAAGUUAGUUUCAGGUUGGAUAUAUUUUCCUGUAAAUACGGCGGUGAAGUUAGUUUUAGGUUGGAUAUAUUUUCCUGUAAAUACGGCGGUGAAGUUAGUUUUAGGUUGGAUAUAUUUUCCUGUAAAUACGGCGGUGAAGUUAGUUUCAGGUUGGAUAUAUUUUCCUGUAAAUACGGCGGUGAAGUUAGUCUCAGGUUGGAUAUAUUUUCCUGUAAAUACGGCGGUGAAGUUAGUUUUAGGUUGGAUAUAUUUUCCUGUAAAUACGGCGGUGAAGUUAGUUUCAGGUUGGAUAUAUUCUCCUGUAAAUACAGCGGUGAAGUUAGUCUCAGGUUGGAUAUAUUUUCCUGUAAAUACAGCGGUGAAGUUAGUUUCAGGUUGGAUAUCUGACGGACAUUCUCUGAGGAUCUACCGGUGUCUUCUCUCUCUCCAUAACCGGGAAUAACAACAGCAGCGUGGUUAAAUCUACUCGACACCCUCACUGUCAACGUCGGUGUUGAAUAAGGGACCGUCAAUAAAUUACCGGUUGAUGUUCUCAGAAAAGGCUGUUUUCCUUCAAUAGCUUCACUGUCAUGUGACCAAAAGACCUAAAAUUGAUUUCUAAUAAUAGUUCUAAGGUCGAUCAAUAAGACAAACACUAUUGAUCAGUUUUCAUUGAUCCCCUAAAGUUCUUUGUGCUCCUUACUUUUUUAACUCAGGAGAACAAAGUUAGAGUCAAACCCUGACGACUGCCCUUCACCACAUAAUAACCCUUUAAUUCAUAAGAAGAAAGGCUGAAGGUUGGACAACAACAACAACAACAACACAGAGAUCAAUAACAGGAAGUGUGACUGUGGUGGAGUUCAGGAGUUUAGGACCAUCUGUCAUAUUGAAGAAGUAAAGAUCAGUGUCUAUAGUAACGUGUGUGUGAGAGUGACCGCAGUAUUAUGAGGACAUCACCCGUCAUUAGAGGACUUAACGAGGACGGAUUAUCCCCGAUCAUGGACCAGCGUUCAUACUGUCCAAUCUCCUCCAUCACAGGCUGUAGUUUUCAGUCUUUCUACAGCGUUUAUCUCCAUCAUCAGUCCCGCUCCCCUGCGUUUGGGUCAAGUCUUAAAAAACCAUCUGCUGCGUGAGGAACCCGACCAAACCAAAGUCCACGUCUUUCGGGGUCACUACACCUGAAACCCACAAUAUGUGUAACGGCUCCACUCAGCUCUGUUUUUGCCUGACGAGCAGCAGAGGAAGUUUUAUGCGGCUACAGAGUAAAAUAUUAAACGGUUAAAUUUCAAACUAAAAUAAAGUCAACACGCUGAACUGUUCUUCACUUGAUAAUAGGGGAGGUCAGGGUUGUGGGAUGUGGGCGUUUAUUUACACCGAUCAGCGGAUCUCAUUCAACGUCUCACGGGGAAACGCGCGAGAUCUCGUCCGGUCUCGUUAGAAAUAUCGGCGAUCUCGCAAGUGCUUCUCCUCUGAUGGCGGAGCCGUUCCUGAUCCGGUGGGAUCCGCGGGUUCGAGGUCAAACGUGUCUGAGUUCAGAGUGAACCUCAUUGUUCUCAUGUGGUUGUCAUUAACUGACUGGUCCCGUCUCUCUGCAGCGUGGUGAUGACCGGCUCCUACAACAACUUCUUCAGGAUGUUUGACCGAGGUUAUCGGCAGGACGUGACCCUGGAGGCGUCGCGGGAGAACAGUAAGCCUCGAUCCGUCCUCAAACCUCGCAAAGUGAGCACAGGGGGGAAGCGCAAAAAGGAUGAGAUCAGCGUAGACUGUCUGGACUUUAACAAGAAGAUCCUCCACACCGCCUGGCAUCCUCUGGACAACAUCAUCGCCGUCGCCACCACCAACAAUUUGUACAUUUUCCAGGAAAAACUGAACUAGUUUUCUUGAGUCCCGGUUUCUACGCGCUCUUCUUCAUACAAACCAACAGUCUCUGUCUCAGGCUGAAUCCCAGGUUUUCAGAUGAUCUGCCGGCUGUGAAUCUUUCAUGUCCAGGGAGAAUACACAAGCACAAUUUCCAGGUGUAUUAAAAAGUCAUUCAGGGUUUGUAGAUCAAAGUUAAGACUUUGGGAUUUCUGGCCUUAAACGAACUCUCCGUUCACUGAACUGUCUGCUCCUCCACUACAUCCCAAACCAAAGGGAAACCGUCUCCAUCUUCUGCUCUCCCUCCUUUUUGCUCUUUUUGUUUGAACAGGAUUUAUUUGUACUUCACAGCUUCCAUUUGUUUCAGGUAUUCGUUUGUUUGUAGCGACCAUGUUGAAUAGGAAAUCUUUCUGCUCGCUCUCCUUUUUGUUAUUGGUCUGAAACACUGCACUGCUAAUGCAAGCUGUCAGCACUCCAUAGUCGCCCCCUAAGUGUUUAUCGAGGUGCCAAACUCUCGCAGAACUUCAGCACUGAUCCGUACAGUUAGACGCAGCUAAAGGACGACUCCUGAGAUUGGAGAUUUCAGGUUCACUCUUCACAAACCAGAAGAUUAGAGUUUCUGCUGACAUUUCAGACGUCAGAUUUGACAACGACAGUCAUGUUUGUCAUUUUUAGGUGAGAGUUUAACCAUCUUUCUAAAAACACCAGAGUCGUCCUCUCUCACCUCCACAUCAGCAGGUUUUUCUAUCAGGUUUGGAGUCGAACGGAGGCCGACGAUGCCAAAGUUAACUGUCCUGCACUAAGUCGAAUGAAACUGUCCGUCUGUCGCGCUCCUGCGUUUUCCCGGGUGUGGGGCGGCGUCUAAAGCUCAGGACACAGGCUGGUACACGUGGACGGGCACAGAGCUGUGGAGCAGCCUGGUUCUGACCCAGUGGGUGGAGGAUGGGCGGCUUCACCCUCUGAACGGAGUUUUCUGAGUUUUUUUAAAAUGAUGUUUUGUACUGUACCUGAUGGAAUAAUCUCUAUAGAUUUAUUUUUGUAUGAAUUAAGGCGAUAGGAUUACAGUCUGAUCACUGUAGUUUCUGCAGCUGUCUGUCCGUCUCGGGUUCUGGAUCAGGUCUCCUCUCUUCUGGACCUGUUCUUCUUCUUCUUCUUCAGGAUAGUUUUUCUUUUUUCUGGUGUUGAGGGAGUUUGUUUGUUUGUUUUUAGGAUGUCCAAAGAAAGAGUCCCUCUGUCGUCUCUAUAACAGUUGUAUUUUUUUAUUUGGCUGACUGUAUCUGAUGUUUUCUCGUGCAGGACUUCUUUUCAGACUUUGAUUCUAACACGGUUUGGAUCGGUCCGGUUUUCUGUGCCAUACUUUUGUCUCUUUUUGUUUAGCUGGCUGUGAAGUGUUAGACUCAUGUGGGUCUAAAAGAGUCUCUUUGGUCAACAGUUUGUGUUGAUUUAGUCAUUUUUGGAUCAAGUCCUCUCCUAAUCUAGUCAAACCCGUUGACUAAGACGCUCCUGAGGAAACAGACUCGUUUAUUUAAAAGGAGAAUUUUUGAAGCACUUGAUUUUCUGAGUGAAAGUUAACUUCAGAUGUUAACUCUGUUUUUCUGCUUCUCUGCUCUUCAGACACACGCCGCCGUUUCUCCUCUAGAGCGACUGAUAAAACCGUAUUUUUUACUUCAUUUAGACUCAGUUUGGUGACAGUGAAAUAUCAGUUAAAGCCACUCAAACAGGGGGGUGUCAGGAUAGAGUUAGUGUCUCUCUCAGGACUCUCGGUAAUCUCUGCGUUAACCGACACACUUUGCAGAUGUUUAUUGAGAAAUCCUUCAUAAUCCGACGCACAUUUAUAUUUGGGAUUUUCAGAUUAUUUUCCUCAUGUCAUGCGUACACAAACCUUUACAGUGAAGCACAUUUAUUCCAUGUCAAAACUGGGGAUAAAACAAUCAGCACCGAUCAACAUGAGGAGUUCCUGGAUAAGAAAUGUUUCAAGAUUCAAGAAGUUUCAGUAAAAUUAAAAAUCUUCUCUUUUCAAACUCCGACUGAAGGAGUUAAACAGCUCAAGUGAAGGUCAGAUGUUCCACCAAACACAACAGAUCCAUAAUCUUUUUACUGACUGCCUACUGUUUGUCAUGACAGUAGACAACCCGAACCCUCGAGCACAAAGACACACAGCAGAAAUGCCUUUUUCUAGCGUUUAGUAAAAAAAAGAUAAUCAGGUGUUUUUCUUGAACUUUCUACUCAGGGGAAUCUGCUGCUGCUGCUUCUGCUGCUCUGUGAUCGAACCUCCGAACUCUGAAAUCAAACAGCUUUUCAGGACUUCAGUAAAAAAACAAAAACAGCCUUAAAAGAAAUCCUUCUGGGUCUGACGUUCAGGUCGCCCCGACGGUUUUUGAACAAACACUUUGAGUCUCAGAUCUUUUCCCUCCAAAGUCAUUCUAAAAAUGUCCAACAUGCAGUUAAAAGGUUUUCACUCGAAGCAGCGUUACACACACACACAAACACACACACACACACACACACACACACACAGAUCUGAUGUGUCACAGGAGCUCAAAUUGAAAAGCACUUUUUACUGUUGUGACUUUUUUUUCUGUUUCCUUGAAGGGGCUCUAAAGUAAAGUCGGAGAGUUUCAGUGAUCUGUUCGGGAUGAAAUCAAUUAUACAGUUUUGUUUGUCUUUGUUAAGUGGAAUAAGAUGUAAAGAAAUAAAGAAUUUCAACUGUAAAAAAAA